AUGAAACUUGAUUGCAUGCAUAAGGAGACUAAGAACAAGACAGAAACCAACAAUGAUCAUGACAUUGAGUUCUCCAAGUAUAUGCUGAAAUACCUUCUUCCAUAUUUAAGAGAAUUAGAUCUAGAACAAAUGGCUGAGAAGGAGAUAGAAGCCAAGAUACAAGACUCGGGCUCUCACACUGAUGAGCUAAAAAUAGAUGUAGCAGAUUGCUCUAAAGAUCAGUGUGCAUGCUGUGACAACUGCCAAAGCUUAAUAUUUGACUACCACAGAAGCUGUACAAAAUGCUCUUUUGACCUUUGUCUUCGUUGUUGCGCUGAACUUCGUCGUGGUGAGCUUCUAGGUGGUGCUGAUCCAGUUGAGUUUGAGGUUAUCAACCAAGGGCAAGAUUAUCUGCAUGGUGGAAAUGAAGAGAUAACAAUAACCUUAGAAAUUGAAUCGCAUGCUGCCACCAAGCCUGAGAUUCAGGAAUGGUCAAAAUCUGGGUGGCAUGCAGGCAGUGAUGGUAGCAUUCGCUGUCCAAAACCCAAUAAUGAAUGUGAUCAUGGUUUACUUGAGUUAAGAAGAAUGUUUCCGCCAAAUUGCAUCUCUGAGGUUGUGUGUAAAGCAGAACAACUUAAACAAACCGUUGAACUUGAAGAUAAAGAGGAGACUCUUGAUAAUGGUUGCUCUUGUUUUAAGCCUGUUAAGAAGGAAGAUGAUAUACCGAAUGAUCGAGAGAAGGUGGCUUUUCGUGAAGAUUCCCCUGAAAACUUUUUAUACUGUCCUAGGGCUAUAGAUCUACAAAAUCAUGAGAAGGAUUUAAGACAUUUUCAAUGGCACUGGAGAAAAGGGGAGCCUGUAAUUGUUAGCAACGUCAUUGAAUCAAGUACAUCUAGUAUAAGCUGGGAACCGCUCGUCAUGUGGCAUGCAUUUCAUCAGUUAAAUGAUACCAAUCACAAUUCAGUUUCGGAUGUGAAUGCAAUUGAUUGCUUAACUAGUUAACUUGGUGCCAGGGAAAUAUUAAUGUGAACGAUUUCUUUAGCGGGU